CCUUUCAAAUGUGCAUAUAUCAGCGUUGCUCUCUGAGAAAUCCUUCUAUGAGACAACUAUCUUCGCUUGUUUCACUGCUCUUUGUUCCAAACCCCUUACUACUAGGUCCUCCGCUGCAGACCAUUCCAUUUCGUCUUCUCCCUUCUUCGCAAGUUACUAAAUUAUUUUUCUUUCACUUCAUCGGCUUGUUCUUUCUCGGUUUAAUCUACCAUCAGCAAGUCCUCCAGAUGUUGAGGUAGUCGCCUCCCCACUAGUCUGUCAGAACCUUCAACCUCCUUCCUCGCGUCAGCUUUGCCUUCCACAAGCCAGUCCUCCUAUCAAUCGGUUCAUCUAUCAGUCAGCCUUCCUAGUGGUACCUUCAUCGUCGUCUUGCAUAUAUUGCCAAAUAAUCGCCAACGCCUUCGAAGUAUCGUCUUUCCCGUUCUUUUGUCUCUAGGCUCAUCGCCAUCAUGCUGCUUCGCCAGCUGCACCUCUCAAACGUCACCCUCUUGUGCAUUCCUUUCAUACUUACUAUUUGCGUUUUUUUCGCCUAUUUUCAUGAUGGUCUCUACCAUGUGCCACCCUCCCCAUCACCACAUGCGCUCUCUUCCACUGCCAUUACACAAACUACCUCAACUCCGGCUCUAGGUUCCGCUUCAAUCCAGGGUGAGAUUGAGGAAGCUCGACUUAAAGCCUCAAACCCUCAGCCAUUAUCACAGAAUGUCUUUCCCGGAACCGAUUUCCUACCCUCUCGUCCAAUUGAUCCGUUGUGCGAAAACGGUCCUGACGUCUCUCGCAUUUUGCUAAUCAUCAAGACCGGCGCGAGUGAAACAUACGAUCGCCUCCCAACACAGUUCAUGAGCAUGACGAGAUGUCUGUCUGACUUCCUCGUCUUCUCCGACAUGGAAGAGACGGUGAUGGGUUACCGCGUGCAGGACAUUCUCGGCGAAACAAUUGACGAGGUCAGGAUGGAGAAUGGCGAUUUCGAUCUGUGGCGGCGCCAGCGCUCUUGCCUUGUCGACCAAAAAAACUGCCAACAGUGGAGCUCCACUGGUGCGGAGGCCUGGAAUCUCGAUAAAUACAAGAAUGUCCGUCAGUCUCAUUUGUCGUAUAAGCUGCGUCCCGACUACGAUUGGUAUCUUCACAUCGACGCCGAUACAUAUGUUCAUUGGCCCAAUAUGGUGCAGAUGCUGAAACCCUUCAGCCCUCGAAAAGACUAUUUCUUCGGUAGCUUCGAGCCCUCUCAGUACGGCGACUUUAAUCAUGGCGGAAGUGGCUAUAUUCUAUCCCAGUCAGCUAUGAAGAAGUUUCAUGAGAAAGCGGACUUGGAACAUUAUGACAGGCAGGCGCGGGAAAUUUGUUGCGGAGAUAUGCUUAUGACCGUAGCUGUCAAGGAGACAAUCGAUCUCGCCAACACCAACAUGUUCCCAACCAUGAACGGUCGCAAACCUUUCACGCUUCCCUUCGGUCCCCGCCAGUGGUGCCAACCCAUUGCUACGCUGCACAAACUCAACAGCGAGGAGGUUGCCAAUAUCUGGGAGUUCGAGCAGAGUCGCAUCGCGAACCACUCAGGUCCAGCCUCGACAGUACCACCACUACUCAUCAAAGACUUAUACUAUGAAUACUUCAAACCGAGACUCGUACCCAAGCUCGAAGAUUGGGACAACAUGAACGACGACUACCUGGACAACGUAUGGUACUACUUCAACAGGAAGAGAAAGUCGCGGACUUGGAAGGAAGAAAAUGGACAGUACAUGGAUCAUUUACGAAAAGGAGAUUUGAGUCCCGAGGAAAGAAGAGCACAUAGGAGUUUCGAAGACUGUCGCAUCGCCUGCGAAGCCGUUGAUGAGUGUCUUCAGUUCCGCUGGCAAGAUGAUAUUUGCGCAAUGAGCAAGAACUUCCGUCUUGGGAACCCCAAAAGGAUAGAGGACGAGCAGCAUAUGCGCUGGAUGAGCGGCUGGGCCGUGAAGAAGAUCAAUGACUGGAUCAAUUCUCAGGAGGAGUGUGUGCCCAAGUUUCCGCAGCCGGACUUGCGCUUACAUUCCGAGACGGGAAUUGAACUGGAUGCGCCGAUGAACCUCCACUAUCCAUCACUUUAA